AAAACAACAACACGCAAAAGCAAACUCAUCAAAUGCCGACGAAAAUCUCCAAAACCGUACACAAAUCGGCCAGACCAGUGUUUUAGCAAGCAAUUUACGCAUUUAGAUGAGGACAAUCCCCCGGAACUGCUGUGAUUAACGGACAAUCAUUCAUUGGAACAAUGGAGGCACCGUUUGGAGGGCGUGAUGUGCUUGAUCUUUCGCUGGAAGAUGAUUACCUAUCUCCCGCAAUGUUCGAUAGUGUUCCUCUCUGUGCGGGUUUUAGUGAUUUUACCUCGAGUGCCGACGUUCUCCCGCAAACACACCCAUCGACCACCACCUGGAACACGGUGAACGAGUGCGCAUUGGAUGAAUUGGACAACCACAACUAUGGUGCGGGAAUGAUCAAUCCCGACGACUUUCUGAACGAUGUUUCGUACGACUCGUUACAUUCACCAUCCAACCGAGACACACCUUCGCCGUCCGACAGCCAGCAGAGCUACGAUUCGGUACCGUCAUCAGGUGGCUUCGAUGGCUGCCACGUCGUACCAAUGCAUUUGGACAGUCCGCCAAUCUCACCGCAAACACCGGCCAGCCCAGCUGAUGGAACGGGCACGAUGAAGUCUGUUACGGAGCUGCGACAACUAAAAAUCGUUCCUAAAAAUGCUAAUUCCCUCUCGAACGUGACGAAAACAAUCACCAAGAAAACGAUCGUCCUGUCGGCGAAAGACUAUCGCGCUCUGCUGGCCAACAUGCAAAGCCAGCCGACGAAUAAUACGAUUAUAUUAAAGGCCACACCAACCAACAAGCUGCCCAUUGCAUCGGCAGUGAAAUCGUUUCCCCGUGCUACACCGGCAGUGGAAACGCCGAAGCAGGAGAAACCCUUUGUAUUACCGAAACCUGCAACACCGUCGGUGGGGGUUGAUUUGAAAAGUGAAAUUAAACCACCGGCAGCUAUCAAACAAGAACCAAUCUCAUCGCCAGUUAGUCCGCUAACCGUGCCGAUGAUGCUGGCAGCCGGAAACAGCCUAUCGGAACGUACGCUUGACGAAAGGCUGCUUAAAAAGCAUCAGCGUAUGAUAAAGAAUCGUCAGUCGGCCCUCGAAUCGCGGCAGAAGAAGAAAGAGUAUGUGACCUCACUUGAGGAGCGUUUGGAUGUGCUGUCGAAAGAGAAUAACCUGCUAAGGAUGGAAAACGCAAACCUGCUGGAAAGGUUGAAAAUGCGUUGCACUUGUGCAGCCAAUACCCUGCUGGUGGGACAAUCUGCAGCAAAACAAGUAACGCCAACAGCUCGCAAAAAUGCUGCGAUUGUGCUGGCCAUGCUGUUUAUGGUGUCGAUUAAUAUUUAUCCUAUUGGCAAUCUUCUCACCAAUAAUGAUCAUCUAGAAUUAGACACAGUUCCCCACAGGGCCGAAGAAUUUCAUUCCCGUGGCCUGCUGUGGAUGAAUGACUCGAAUGGUACUAAGCAGCGCGAACGAACCAAGCCCUUCCGCUUGAACCUCACCGCGAUCGAUGAACUGACCAAAAAAGACCGAAUCGAAAUGCUACCAUCAUCCGAGUGUCCAUUUUACGUAAAUCAAACGGAAAACAUACGUCUAGCGAGCGAACUUCGCCGAUGGAUUGGAGAGAACGGGUAUAAAAACCUUACCGACGGCAAAGGCCAGGCAGACGUCAGCAUCGACACGUUUGAUAAGAUGUUUCGCCUGAAGGAUACGAUCGAUUCAAUCUACCAACACAUGAAGGACAUUAGCACGCAGAUGAAGUCGUACGAACGGCGGCAGCAAAAGCUAGCCCUAAACGGUGGGAAGAAACUGUCACGCAAUCGGCAACGAAAGUCACCUGCAGUUGCUCCUGGUCAGCGCGAUACCGCUGUUACAUACCGAGGGAAAAUACCCUCCCAGCACGAUCUUGACCUGUACUAUCCACGCGUGCACGUGAAAUAUGCGGAAUUUUUCGAGGAAAUUGGUCGCCGAGAUGAUACGUUUUAUUUGGUUUCGUUCAGCGAGGAGCAUUUGCUGCUGCCCGCCCUGGCGUACAAUAAAACCAGCCGGCCACGCAUGUCACUAAUGCUACCGACCGUGACGACACCCGGCUCGCCGAUGGCCAACGGGACGGAUCGCUCGAACAAGAUAACGCUCAUGCAGAUCGACUGCGAGGUAAUGAACACGUCCGUGAUUCAGAUACGCGAAAAAACAAUCCCCGGUGAUUUACGACCGGGGCAGGGUGGUGAACCGGGUGCUAAGGGUGCAACGGGCGGUUAUGGUGGACGCAAUGCGACAACUGCCGGUGGGCAAACGAACCGCAGGGCCAACGGUAGCGGAACGACACGAGGCAGCCGAUUGGCGCGGAGCAGUAAUUCGUCCGCUGCGACACAAGUCGCUGAUACGGUGGAGGAAAUGCACCCCAAGCGGGACACUGUUCAGCAUCAGCAUAUUCCCAGCCGACCGUUCUUUGUGGAGCGGAUGAACGAGCACCUGAAGAGCGAACAUCACGUUAAUUGAGGGAUUAAUAGCGCGGUGUUGGCAGACAGACAGACAACCAGAACAAGCAUUUAGGGUGAUCGUGCGUUGGUUUUAUUAUUUGUUUUUAGUAAGUUAUUGCUGUUGAUCUCACAACAAAACAGGAGCUAUUAUGAAACUGAAAGGUUUUUUUUUAUCCUACACAAUUAACACCGGCUUAACUUACCGUUCGUUAGAGCACUAGUUUUUUCCGUUAAUUUUGAAGCACCAUCAUAUUGCACAAAUGAUUGUUGAUGUUGUAGAUGCGAGCGUAAAUUGUUACAUUAAUUUUAGCUUAGUUUCUAUCCAUUCCACAUUGUAAUAGUAGCAAAAACCGCACCUUACGUGCAGUUUUCUUUACCUUUUUCAGUUUGAUUUAUACCAUUUUUCUGAACAAAAGAUCAAAGUAACUCGUAAUGAUUGAAGAAAGGAAAAUAACGGCCAUAAUGGUUAAAAUUGCAAUACUUAAUGUAAGGAAGCAUACGCAAGCAGCGUAAGGCAGCAAAAGGUAGAUAGAACAAAUCGUUAAUGACUGGGGGUGCAAUCAGAGCUAAGGUUAAUUAUUUUUUGUUUUAAGUUUAAUUUUUGGGGAUUCACAUGCCCUGUAACAGAUAACGACAGAGUACAGAACAAUUUCAUUAUUUUGGCAUAAAGUAAACGUAGACUGAUUUUGUUGAUCGUAAUGGAACAAGAAUGGAACAAAAGGACAGGAUUAUUGUGUGUUAGAAGUAGCAUUGCAUUGCUGUAUUGUACGUGUGAAUUGGAUGUGUUAUUUUUUCACAAACGUUUUGGAACUACUAAACACUUUGAUUGGAAUUAUAAAAAAAAAA